CUCUGUAGCGUGCGGACGUGUUUCCGAUUUUGUUCCCGACGCGCGCGAGCGACGCAUUAAUAUCUCGUUCGUUGUGUUGUAUUGUAUUGCAUUGUGUUGUGUAUAGUAAUUACAAAAGCUAUUAUUUCGUACACCUUCCCGACCGCCGCCGCGCACCGCGACGUCGCGACCACCUCCGACGGCGACACGGCAGUGCAGUGUACUGUUUGUUAUCUUGAAAAACCGCGCUACGUGUUGGCAGUUUGUGUUUUCGCUGGUGUUAUAUAUUUUUUUUCUGUUUUUGUCAUUUCGUAACAAGUGAAACAAGGGCAAAAAGUUUCGGUGGAACAAAUUGAUAAAACCGAAAAUAGUUGGCGGGGUGAUUUGGCUUCAGAAAAAUUGUACUGCGCCUACUACGGAAAGUGGCCGAAGAACCUCGAAGAACGUGCCAGGCACAGAACAACGGCGAGUGAGCGUUUAAGGAUCAGUGGGGCUUUGCUGGCUUUCUCCCUUUACCGCGCUCUUUUUCGCUUCUUAUCGUUUCUAACUUUGCCACCCCAUUUCCUGUAUUAUGAAGGGACGGUCAACUCACUUUCCCUUCAAGCACGGGCUCCGUAGGAGAGCGCAUUUUCCACACAUAGGCGACGAGCGCGCUACGUCACCAAAACUUCUUGUGCUUUUCUUCGCUCAGUAGCUAGAAGUGUACGUGGACGAGUAGAACGUGGUUUUGCGUUGUUGAGCGGAAGUUUUCGGCGCUACAAAGUAUUAAAGUGCAACGUGCCAAAUAACCCGUCAAAGUGGAGGAAUUUCAACAGCCUCAAACGUGACUUAUCGCCAAUUGGUCGAUGAAGAGCACACAAAGGGAAAUGUCAACCAACCGCGGUAAUUUUCAUGUAACCAUAUGGUAGCCUACUUGGAUGAGGCGUGUGGAGGCAGUCAACCGUGGUAGCAGCCUGUUGGGUAGUGACACUUUGAUUUCAUAUGGAACGAACCUACACUGACACAAAGUGCACGAAUUGGAGCAAUUCAACCAGGAAAAAGUGCUCUAGGCGACGACGUCGAUAGUGAGGUGCUAAAUGGACGGGAAGUAAAUUCAAAUAUUGAAUGUGUCUUUUUUCACCUCAACUGAGUGAACAACCAUCAUCAGUCCAGCGGUGCUGCGCUAUUUAUUAUCAUUUUUUUUUCGCCCCGACCCUGAGUGCGCGGGGCUUCAGGCAAAGUGUUUUGUAAAUAGCGCAAACCAGCCAAGCUCUGGAAAAACGGCACCAACAAGUUGAGAGCUUGUGGAAGUUUGUUUGUGCGAUGAUGGUGUGAUAUGUGGCGUGCCGUACUGGUGCGGUGCGCUAAUGGACGGACAGUCAGCGGCGGCCAAAGUCAUCAUCAACUGUCAACGGUGUGCCAUCGAGGGCCGCAGUAACAAUCACAGUGCAAGGGGGGACGGUGAACAAAGCCUGAGGCAAGGAAAACGUGGCAAGUGUCAGCAGGUGACGAAUUGUGGAGAAGGUGGAAGUGUGCAAAAAAAAAAAGACAGCGUCCAAGGCGGAGGUGUAGGGAAGGGUCUUGUUUCUAGUUAAGUAGCAAAAACAAUAGAAGUCACCAGCGCAACAGAUUGGGAGCACUUUGUAGCAGUUUUAAGUGAAGGCAAGGAUUACAGCCGUACCACCACCAACCCAUAAAUCGUUUCGGAGGACGACCGCAAAAGUUGAAACACAGUUCCCCAAACACACACACACACACUCGGGCGCACACGAACUCUUCACCAUGCGGCCUGGGGUACCGGAAGUAGCAGCGGGAACAUCAUCGACCGAAGCGACCACCAUCGCCGCCACAGAGGGAACGCUGGAAUCGAAUUACUAGCUUGCGUCCGGCGAGUCCUAAGCGCGGGAACCGCCGACCACGAUCGAUGAAUUGACACACUGCACUUUGGGAAGCCCUCGGUGAGCCACAGUUUCCGCGAUGGAACAUCAUGGGUUGUUUACGGAUAUAUCGAACAGUUUCCCCGGCAGUGGAGUCCUACCGAAUACCAAUGUGAAGUAUCAUCAUCACCUGCCGCAGAUCCCGCCCCAGCCACCGCCACCACCGCAAGCCCCACCACCAAGUAACGGACAGGGUGGUAAUCCUCAGUUGUACCUCCCCCAUCACCAACAACAGCAACAACCAGUAGUUGGCUACGGUCAACAACAACAGCAACAACAACAACAGCAGCAGCAGCAGCAACAAUCGCUUCAUCAACCACAGCAGGCGCAGGGCCAGCAUGUCGAGUCGGGUUCAAUAGGCAGUGAACUGUAUCAUGACACUGCCGGACUGUUCGAUGCGACCAGCGCCCUCUGUACAAAUAAUAGCAGUAGUAACUAUAGCAACAUUAACAACAACGGUAAUAACGUUAACAACAGCAAGACCAUUGAAUUCACUUCGCGAAAGUUUGAAACCAAUACAGGCGAUAGCAUAACGUACAAUAUCAAUAAUAUUAACACUAACAUUGUCAAUAACAUAAGUGGGGGGAGUUUAGGAGCGAACGGUGUGCAAGGGUUGAACCCGACGCAGGCCGCCAUCACAGGUGGGUCGGACCUGAUCGGGAAUACCCAAUUUUCGUCCAGGGGUAACGCACAGAUCUCGUUCAACAAGGAAGGUGAAACUAAUCCAACGAUCAUCAACAUUAAUAACAACCACAAUAUCAUGGCGCCACCCUAUCCAUACCCCUAUCAGGCAAAGAUCUCCGGAAUGGGUGCGUUGAAUGAUUUGAAUACCAAGUUUGGAGCAAACCACGGAUGGGCGGGUAACGGUUCGUCGCAUAGUGCAACAAAUGAGUUUGCUCACGAAAAUAGUGUGAUCAGUAACUUCGAGGAAAAUCCAACCAAAUACCACACGAGUCGAAGUAGCUAUCGAUACCAGCCGGAUUAUGUGCAACCGAGUCAACAGCAGCAACCAACAACGGCUCACUAUCAACACAAUUACGGUUUGUAUAACCCAGAGGGAACACAAGCCACUCCAAUCCAGCAACCGAACGGCCACCAUGGAUACGAACCUUACCCACACAUCGUACGUAACAAGUACCCGGUGAUGGAUGAAGUGAAUCGCUAUGGACGCAGCCAUCAGGUUCACUCUGCGAGCCAUUCGCAGAACCACCAUGAUCUCAUAUACAACGAACGAUCUCGAUAUUCUACUAACUUCCCCAGCGGCUUCAUACCACCUGUUGGAGCAUAUUAUCCAACGGCUCAACCAACUAAUAAAGCUGUUUUAAACCCUAGCGUCGACUACUUCAACAGCAGCUACAUUAAACAAGUCCCUCCAUUAAAUGCCCAUCAAGCCAGCCACUACAUUCCAAGUCGAUCUGCCUACUCUCAUCAAAGUACCACCAUACCCGGAUAUCAUCACCACCAGAAUUAUCCCCACAAUCAUACUCCCCAAUACGAAGAUCCCUAUCGGCACCGAUCCCGACAUCACACAAUCCAACAUCACUACAGCGAUGGUCAUCACGGCCAACAAAGCUAUCCCAAUUAUCCAGUUCCUGGUGCCAACCUCGCCUAUUCUCACAAUCAAAAGCUUUCCUUCAGUAAAUCUAUGAACGAUUUCUACACCCCGAAUGUUCAAAACGCAAACCCAACACACCACUAUCCCAAUCCUUUACCAAAUCCAACAACCCCUACCGUACAUCACGCACCCCAUUUCGGUAUCAAAUAUACCUCCCAAACGAUCGUCCCACCGAUGACGCAGCAAAAACCUUUGAACCAUCAUGUUCCAACAACCCAACCCUCGCAAAAAACCGCAAACAACUGCUACUAUGAUACCCCAAAUCCUGUCAUAGAUAUGAACCACCCCUUAGUCGAUCUGGAAGAGCAGAUAAACAGCGUAAAGAUCCUCAAGAGCAGUCGCGAUAACAUUAGUUACGACAACAACAGCCUAAACUACGACUGUCAGCAAAAGUAUCUCAUGAACCGCUAUCUUUAUUCCAAGACCGGAUCGUCAUCUUCUACGCCAUCGUCCACCGAUGGCUAUGUUCCCAAUGGGCCUCACAUUAGCCACACGCACUCCACCAACCUGACCAACUACGGUUACUCCACUAUGGAUGAGUUUGUCAUGGGAUCGCGCAAUUUUGCGCUUGAUGAAAACCUCAAAGACAAGAACCUGCGCGACUAUCUCAGCAGCUGGAACGAGACCGAAGAAGAGGACACAUCCGCUGGUGUGGCUUCUAACGCUGAAAAGAAGGAGUCCAACAAUAAUCAAUCGGCGCAUGAAAACUUUGAAUCUUGUAAAUACCUGCAACAGGCCUUGGACGAACAACUUCCGCCGUUGCACAGCGGAGUAAUUGUGGCGAAUGUCCAGAACGGAACCGGUAACCUUCCGGACAUUCUAAUCGACCUUGAAAAGACCAAAGACGACAAUCCCAAAGUUGGGCAAGAAACGACUGAAGUAGGCGAGAAGCUGUACAUAUUGGAAACGUACGACGUGCCCCACUCGGAGCUGAACAAAUAUAAACACCUCAGCGUAAUCAACGAGCUGCCGAAAAAUGUUGUUCCAAUCCACGACAGUGCAGAUUCACUGAAAUUCCUGGAGGAAAUCGAGUCCAACCGGGACAAGUACUACGAAACCGAGCUGGAAUCGGAAGUCGUCUACGACGAAAGGAAGAAAGACGAAGAGAAGAAGGCUGAACAGUCCAUGCCGACGAUCGUUCUCGAUGACGAUGAACCGGAAGAAGUGGACGAAGACAUCACUGAAAAUGUGGUUAAGGAGAAAACAAAAGUGGAAGAACAACCACCAGUUGAUCAGGUUGAUCAAAUUGUGGAAAACAAAAUUGAAGCCGUACCGGAAGCGACAGCUGAACCGGAGAAGAAAACCGAUGACGACAGCUUCAAAGUGCCACACUACAUUCCCAAGUACCGCAAAAGGCGUUACCAGUUCGAUAGUUACGACUAUCCACGCUUUCCCAAGCGAGCUCGCCGUUCGAGCAUUGAAGAUUUCCUGCACUGUGAGGUGAAGCUGCCGAAACCGAAGCCGCCGGUUAGGUUUAACCCGAAACAGUUGUUCAGCAUCUGUGUGGCGACACUGAACUCGCGCGAGUACAGGCGUUACGCAAAGGCGGAUUUAGCCAGACGGCAAGAGCUUGCGAAAAUAAGUUCAAUUGAGGAUGUUGAAGAGCAGACGGUUAAGGGUGAUGAACAAUUGCAAUCAGUUACAGCAGAAGAGAGUGAAGUGCGACGGAUAGAGCAGACUGAAGCGUUGGCGAAGAAAAGCUGGGUUCCAGAAACUACGGAAUGUAGUGAAACAACCAUGGAGAGUGAGCACGUAGCAACUCCACCGAUGGACAGUGAUGCAACCAUGGAAUGUAAUGACAACAGUGAUGAAGAAGAACACAUGGAUCCUCUACCUACAGUGCCACCAAUGGAAAGUGAUAUUUCAGCGGAGAAUGUUGAGACACAAUCGAUGGAUCGUGAUAUUUCUACGGAAUGUCAUAACGAAAAAGAAGAAUCCGUCGAAGCUGCCCCGGAAUCACCUCCGAUGGAAAGCGACAUUUCUUCAGAAUGUCAUGAUAGCAAUGAUAAAGAAGAACACAACGAACCUGUACCGGAAGCACCGCAAAUGGAAAGCGAUAUCCCUAUGGAAUGUCAGGACAACAUUCCUGAAGAGGAGCACGAUGAAGUACUAUCAGGAGCACCAUCGAUGGAAAGCGAUAGUUCUUCGGAACGUAAUGACAAUAAUGCUGAAGAGAAACACGACGAAGCUUUAUCCGAAGCGCCUUCGAUGGAAAGCGAUAUUUCUUCGGGAUGUCAUGACAGCAAUGACAAAGAGGCUUUACCAGAAGAAUCACCUCAGAUGGAGAGCCAUAUUUUGGAACAGCAUGUAGAAGCUACAUCGAUGGAAUGUCAUGAAAGCAACUAUCAAGAAAAGGAGGAAGAGAGUUCUCCCAAAAGGACUAGUGAGGAAAUUCAACCAGAACAACCAUCAUUGGAGAAUGAAGUAUAUGUUGCUGCGGAGAUAAAAGAUCAAGCAAAUGAAGAAGCGUCAUCGGAAGAUCAGUCAGAUGCCUCGGAUAGUAUGUUUGACACAGCGGAAUCACAAAAAGUGAGUCUUGUGGGAGCUCAAAUGGAGAAUGAUGUUGUUGUUCCAUUGGAUUAUUCCAUAGAGAAAAAUCAAGAAGAAUUUUCCAUUGGAACCCAAGAAAUGCCAUUUAGCUCACCUGAAAGGGAAACCAUGGAGCAAGAUAAUGAUACUGAAUCAGUUAUAGAUCUUUCACAAGUAACAUUAUCUGAAGUGAAGCGUAUUGAAACAGAAACAAUUGAAGAAGUACAAGCAACUCAAAGUGAGAAUUCAAAAGACGAGGAAGCAGAGGAAGUAGUGCAAAAACAUGAAAAACAAGAGACAAAGAUUUCAACACGUGACUCGGCCAUUAUAUUGGAGGAAUCUGAUCACGAAGAAGAGAGUCAUGAGCGAAGGAGCGAGCCAGAUGAGUCCGGUUUUACUGAAGGCAAAUCCAACUCAGAAUCAGAAAGCGGCGCUCCAAUUGAAGUAGAAGUCAGUGCAGAUGACGCAGACGACGACGUAUUUGAGCAAGUAUUGGAAUCGCAAUCUAAAUGCGAACGAGUAUCUGUGAUUGUGGAUGAUGCGAAGGAAAUUGAAAUCCAACCGAUAGAAGAACCUGUUGUACAUAAAACAGUUGAGUCUAAUGAAGUAGCAAAUGUGGAACAAGAAAAAUUAGAAGAAGAAGUAUCAGUAGAAGAAAAAGACGAAGCAAGAGAGGAAGAAGAAACAGUAAUCGAUGUAACACCUGCGCCGGAAGACAAUCGUGUGCCCGUGAUUCAGAAGACAGAAUCAAUCGAACCGAUGGACACGGAACAACCGAUCCGAUGCUUCAAUCCACCUGCGCUGCGGGAACUAACCAAUGCGGCUUUCGAGUGCUAUCGAGUUCUUUACGAUUACCAACGAGUUCCUCCCCUGCGGACGCUCUGCUACGAGUACUUACUGGAAAACAACAGCCUUCCGCAACCUCAAUCGUUACAGAAGAUUUGCGAACAAUUUAUUUGCAACAAUCGUCAUUUGUUUAUCAUUGAGGAAGUGCGAAGUGAGCCACCACGAUUGCAGGAGCUGUGCCAGAAGGUACUGAACGAAACCAACAUCAUCAUUGAUGUGAACGAUUUCUGCAUCAUCGAUGAUGAGGUCGAACAGGAGAAGGAGACCGAAGGGAGAGUGUUUAUCGUUGAAGAUGAUCAUGGAUCAAUCGAGGAUUUGCUCAGAGAAAGUGAGGACAUGGGAGAUGUCAUUGUGCUGUCAGAUGAUGUGGGCGAUGAGCAUGAGAUAUUCGAAGAUGCCGGCUGUUCUGAAGAGGUUCAAGUAACGUUGGGCAGCCAAUCACUAUCUGAUAGUGAUAAUGAGAUCUACAGAAAGGUUGAACGUGAAAUCGAAAGGAUGAUGACAACCAGCUCCGAUGAGGAGGAUGAUGCAUCGAAUCGAUGUGACGCAAUGGUGGUGCAAGAAGAGUUUGACAAUGAGUUCUAUUCAUUCGUUGGUGGAGACGAAUGCAUUCAGUAUGAGGAGGUGAUACCCGUGAACAAACAAGCCUAUAGAAGAGAGAGUUUGAUAAAUGAUCUCCAAAGGAAGUAUAUGGUUCCAAAAGGAAGGACGUUGACGUGCAGGUUGAAGUUGUUACGUAAAUAUGUUUAUUAUCAACGUUUCAUUAAAACGAGGGACCAUGGAAUGCAGUCGAAGCGCAGGUUCUUCUGUCGAAAACUAAACUGUUUGCGGAGGAAGAUCGAUGCAAUGCGACGCAGCGUCAGUGUUAGUGUAAUUGAUGACGACAGUGAUAGCAACAGCAGCACGUUUUCGACUGUGAGUAGUUCAAGCAGUAGCAGCAGCAGAAGUGGUAGAAGUAGUAACAGCAGUUCAGCAAGCUCCGCCAGCGGAAACAGUUCAGAGAGUGAAGAGGAGGAAGCGGCAACGGAGACGGAGACAGUGGAACAAUCCAGUGCCCAUGCUUCGGAGGAUUCCUCGGCCAGCUCUUCUGUAGGCGAACGCCUAAUCGAAACCAAUAACAAUCAACUAGAUUUAAGUACCGUAACCAAACCGGCCAAGAUAGAAUCUCAGCAGUUUGCCAAAGAAGAAGACAACAGUAGUAAUAGCUCUGAUAGCAGAUCGAGAGGCUUCAUUCGACGAUCUGUCAAUAUCUCACCACUAGUAAAAAAGAAAAAACUAAGCUUCGAAGAAAGUUUGCUCAGCAUAGAAAAGAUGUACAAAAAGACCAGCAGUCCCUCGCAAUCAACAAGCAGUCCAAGCCACUCAAAUUCCUCAUCUCCUGUUCCCGUCAGACCACGGAUCCUCACCAACGCCAACUGUGGCCCGAACGUGGUCGUCAAUGUUAACAAUAACCGCGAAGCUCCGAGGAAGCUUAUCAUUCCGUCGUACAAGAUCUUCAAUCAGGCCCUUGCCAUCCCACCACCCGCCGACAGUGAAGCAUCAAGACCAAGUCGGCAACCCUUUAGAAGACGGAACAGCAGUGCCGGUAGCAGCUGCAGCAGCAGCAGUAGCAGCACUCGAUGCCACCUCGUCAACUGCACCCAACGAAGUAGUGGACUAAUUCGGGUAAAUUACCCAAACAAGCCUUCGCCUCCAAGGAAAUCGUCAGCGAGCAGUUCAUCCAGCGUAAACAAUGCGAUCACGCGAUCGCAUGCCAUCCCGGCGGGCUUCGAUCGACGCAUUCCGUUCGUCCGGUUAGAACGUAUCGAUUACGUCGAAAAGCUAGCGGAAAAGUACCGCCAACAGCAGCGGCAUCAGCAGCACCACCAGCAGCAAGAACAGUUUGCGAAACUACGGCAGAGGCGGAAGUCGACCUUUUCGUAAAACCCACCGCCGGGUCGCGUGUUCGCGUGAGUCCCAACGCGUAGAAGGGCGGUGUUCAAUGGCCAUUCGUAUGGGAUCGGACACAGAUGGGCAGUAUUGGUUGUUGUGGUUGAUUUUUUUUUUCUGCCAGCGUUUGUGGGGCAGAGGUGGAGACCGUUGCCGAAGGGUGUUUGGAAAAAUGUCGUCCGGAAUGGUUGGUGCGGAAAAUGGAUCACUUUUCUGGUUGACCGUGUGCGCAAUUGAAUGAGCGUGUCGCGUUGGUAAACGACCGUUGAGCCCGAUGGUAAUUUGCGGAUUGCAGCCGUUGGUGGGCUGUGGUGAACAUGAUGAUAAUGGCCAGAUGGUUCAGAGUAUGAAAUAAAUAAAUAAUGAGAGAAUGCUUGGUAAGCUUAGUUCAAAAUGAAAUUUAUUAUGGUUCAUGGUAAGCAAAAAAAUGAAAGUCUUGUAGAUAUAUUCUGCUUUCUGCAAAGUCCAAUUCAAGGCUAUUAUUUGCUAAAUUUCAUCCCUUUAGAUGAGCCACAGAAGUUCCUUUAAUUUUGGGCACCCCACUUUUCUUCCUUUUUUUAUUUGUUUCCAUAAGCUCCUAAAAAUCACCACAGCCUAAUGAAUGGGGAUUAUUUUUGUAGGAUAACGUAACAGUCAACGGUAUCAAUACUUCGUGCGAUAGCAUUGUGAAUCACCAGAAUAUCUGCACGCUCACGCAAAUGGAUGUACUGAGCUAAUUUGUAUUGGUAAUUUUUUAGUAUUAGCUCGAAGCUAUGUUUAUAAAACAAUUGCAAUAAGUCGAUAGUUUUUACUAUUUCGACUAAUCCGGUGAAGAUUGAUUGACAACUGUGGGUUGACUACGGCUGAUUUUUUUCGGCAUACCAUUCUUCAGGAUUGAACACCUGAGGUCGGCUCUUUUCAUUAUUUCAUACUUGUAGGUCUGAUUGACUUCAGGUACACAUUGGAUAAACAUCGAAACAUCUGGCCAUCAUCUCUAUGUUUUUGACAAUCCGCAUAGUAGAAGAUCAAUGGUUUAUGAAUUUUUCGCAUCUUGUUGCCAUCCAAUCUCUGGGUGUAAUUUUCAAUGGGUCUUGUGAAAAUUGAAACGAUUCUUUUUUACCUUCGUUUGAUACAAAUCGCGUACAUAUGUGAAAAAAUAAUUUUACCAGAACAGAAAAACCACAACGGAUUAAUUUGAACACAUUCUACGGACAAUUUAACGAUACAAAAGGUUAUUUACUUACGAGUGUUGUAGUGUGCAGAACUGCGAAUGCUAAAAUGCAGCUUUUUGUCUCUCCCUUCGUCUACGAUUCCUUCUAAGUGCACCAAAAACUCUCCGCUCAACGCUUAUCAGUUUGCUCUCGGUAUUCUCAUUCUCUCAACUUCUCAAACCACGUGCGUUUCCACGCUCAAAGCGAUCCAAGAAGCAGCUGCUCUCCAAAGGUAACUACGUUUGAGAUUGCUCCACACGAUCACUGGCCAUUCCAUCGUCGACACAUAAACAUUGUUAGUCACAAAAAGUACUCGUCUGAAAUAAGCUCGGAUCUCAAUAUUUUGCGUGAGAUGUUCUAAAAAAAAAUUAAUAUGAAAAUAUUAUUUUAUUUUAGAGUGUUCAAAAGAAUUUUGUGUUUACUUCAAAAGUUGAUAGAAACCAUCAGCUUUGUGUGGCCCAAACUCAAUGUUUUAAAAAGCUAUACCGUGUGUUGAAUUAUGUACAAAGCUUUUGAGAGAGCGCUACGAACUGAAAGUUAAAAUUCGAGCACAACAACCAGCAUCGUUGAUCGUUAUUACCGUGCGUUACCACCGUUACGGCACCUUGGACAACAACCACCAUGCCGCAUCCAGAUAUGCGACAUUUAUUCAUGUUACAUUCAUGUUUGUUACUUUGUUACGUUUCACCAAUCGUGAUUUCAUAAAUCAUUGUCGAAAAUUUGAACUGCUUUUAAAUUAUUAAUAAAAUAAACCAAUCGCGUUAGAUAUUUUAAAGUUGCUAAGAAUUUAAGUUUCCUGUGGUAUGAUUUCAUAAACAUAAAUGAAUUCUUAUCGUUUUGUUUUGGCAGUUCAUUAGGCGUUACUUUCCAUCUAGUCAAUAGAAGAAUUCGCUUUUCAAAGCAUAUAAUAGCUAAGGAUACAAAAAAGGGGAAAGAUUUUCCUUUCUAGACAACUGUGGUGUUUUUUUCUGAGUUAGUAUUAAGGGAUUCACUUCUAGGAUUAAGCAUGAUAAUGAAACACACAUACACAAAUACAAUCACAAACCAAGUAUGGUAGUACAUUCCCCGUUUUAAAUCUAUUUAGCGAAUAAGUUUUUAUAUGUUAUUAUGUUUGUACACUCCCCCAAACCACCAGAAUUAGUUUUAACUCACCGAUUUUUGUAAUCACUUACUAUAACUAUCGUUGUACUAUCGUUUGUUUAAAAUGUGUUAAAUAUAUUCUAGAGAAGUAUAUGGGUAGCAUCCUAAAAACCAACCAUUCACGAUCGGAAGGCUUAUUCGAAAUUCUUUCUUGUGAAGAUGCAAAAAAAAACAAGCGAACCAAGUGCGUAAAAUCGAAUACAACACACUGAAUUUUAGUGCCUUGAAUGACAAACUUUGGAUGAACUAAUCACAACAGAUACAGAAGUAUAGUUAACUUCGGAUAUUAGUAGAAGAAUUCGUAAAAAAUAAAACAAACAUGAAUAAAAGUAUUUUGUGUGUACAAGUGCAAGACUAGCUUUUUUACAAAACAGAAAUGCAAAAAAUAACAUAAAUUGUCGAUAUUUACGAUAUACACAUCAAGUUUUACACUAAAAAAUUAAACCAGAAAAGUCCUUAAUAAAUAAUAUCGCUUGAUAUCAAAGAUUGAAACGUGGUGGCAUUUAUCGAUGGUUUUAUUUUAAUGAAAACAAGCAAAUUUUGGAUUGCUGAAAUGGAUCUACACAGUUGCGACGCAAGUUUAUGAUUGAUAUUCAACGGGAAGUCGAACUGGGACACCAACAACGCAUCUGUCAUUGGAUCGGAUCAAGAAGCCAUAAAAAUUAAAAAAAAUACUAUUUAAAUAUUACAGAAAAAAAAACGAAAAGUAAAUAUUAUAUCUAUUUUAAUGUCCGUGUAAGACUAUUGUUUGCAAAAGACAAAAAAGGAAAAAAUAAAAAAAGUUUUGUUUUUGAAUGUUGG